AUGGAUGCCAAGAUAGACACAGCAGAAAAGAAGGUGCUGGUUGAUAUUGUAAAAUUGGCACAACAAAAAGGCAUGAAGGGUAAACUGGGAGGCUGGAAAGAAUUCUUGAACAAUCAUGAUAAGAAAUUUGGAGCAUCUUUGAGUGAUCCAUCAAAGAGGUCCCAUGAGGUUUUGGCUGAAUUUCUCAAGACAUUCUCAACUGAUGAGGAUUUAAAGUUUUUUUAUAACAUCUUGCCGUAUUCUUCAAAACAUGAUUCCCCUGAGCAGUGUCUAGUCCAAGCAACUCGCCAGCACCCUCGGCACUCAAAGGAUUAUUCAUUGCCAUUUACUGACAAGGGAUGGCUAGUGAUAAACAUUAAAAAGAAGUCCAAGGGGAUAAGAUCUACUACAAUGUUUGCUGUUGAUUGUGAAAUGGUUCUUUGCGAAGAUGGGACUGAAGCAUUAGUCGAAGUUUGUAUUGUAGAUCACAAUUUAGAGGUCAAAUUACACGAACUUGUUAAACCGGAGAAAGCAAUCAAAGAUUACAGAACAGAGAUUACUGGUGUCUCUUCUAAAGAUCUAGAGACUGUGACUCGCUCCUUAGCUGAUAUACAAAAAUUGAUGAAGAAGUGGUUAUCCAGUGGAGCCAUAUUAGUGGGACACAGUUUGUAUAAUGAUCUACGCGUGCUGAAGCUAUAUUAUGAUAGAGUGGUCGACACUGCAUACAUCUUCCAACCCAUGGAUGGAGCUACUCACAGGAGACCUUCUUUAAAUAGUUUGUGUCAGGCGGUGUUGGGCCACGAAGUUCGGAAAAAGGGUGCUCCACAUGAUUGUCAAGAUGAUGCAUGUGCAACAAUGAAACUUGUUCUUGCAAAGAUCAAACAUGGCGUUGAUAAGCCAUUUCCAUUAACAUUGGUUUCAGGAAGUGAGACGUCGAAGCUGCUUAUUCACAGAAUACCAACCACUGUGACCAGUGAAACACUACACGAAAUUGUUCCUGGAGACUUCACACUAGAACAAAGGCCUGCAAAAAGUGGUAACAUUGACAUGUAUUCUGCCAUAGCUAUCUUUAAGAGCCAACGAGAGGCACACGAGGCAUAUGAAGAUAUCCAAGGAAGCCAAAGAACGGAUUCAAAUGGGCUUCGACAGAAACGCGUAAAAUGUCAGCUGAGUACGGGUAUAAAUGUCAGUGUAUUUGUUCGGAAAAUGAGAAUUGAUAAUCACCGUAAGAGAGAUUUACAAGAUGAUACACUUGACACUUCCAAGAACAAGAAAUUAAAAAAAGAUGUUGCUCUGAAAGCUUUAUCAGCGAAAGAAGACUCACUUGAAGGAGAUCGAAGUAUGAUUGAAAGAAAGUGA